AUGUGUUACUUGGAUGAUGAUUCCCUCAAUCUUGGAGAAUGGUAUUUGGAAUUCAACAAUUUCCAGAGAGCCAUGAAACUUUACUAUCAAGGCCGGAAUUUUUCACUACUAAACAUUCUGUUUAAUGAUACCCAAACUGAACUGGGUGUUCUUACUCACUGCGCACAACAACGAAAAGUAGUCGUGCGAAUUGUGGAAACAACUCGUACCUUUAUACUUCGCGAACAAAUGAUAUAUUUGAUUCCAGCAGCUAAACCGCCUUCAACAUCUAAUGUAAUUUCUUGGUACCCUGAUAUAUGCGCUCAUUUUCCUUUUGAAUUUGAAUACAAUUUUCGAGAACGCCGCCUUCGAUAUCAGGCCGACGAUGCUGAAGAUUUUGAAUGGUACAAAAUUGUCUGGGGCACCUUCACAAGUUGUAAAUACUGCAUGACUGAAUUUCGAGUCGACACCAUGGAUAUGGGAGAGGAGGGCGAAGCAUUUGUUGUUACGAGAUGGCAAAACUUGGGACAAGCUCAGUCGCCUUUGGAUGAAAAUUAG